UUAUCGGUAGGCGCCCAGCGGGAAAAAUGGCGGCGCGGGUGGUGGGACUGACGGGCAGACCCUGGUGGCGCUUGGUGCCCGCCGCGCUGUGGGAGCGGCCGCACCGCCUGCAGCACGUUGAGCUGCCCGGCAGCUCCGAUCAGCCCAUAACAAUGGAGAACCCCUACAAAGAUCCUCCUAAAAGAUGUGUCUUAUGUGGGAUAAAAGUGGACUACAAGAAUGUGCAGCUUCUUUCCCAGUUUGUUUCUCCACACACUGGCCGCAUUUAUGGCAGGCAUAUAACAGGCUUGUGCAACAAGAAGCAGAAAGAAGUUUCAAAAGCCAUUAAAAGAGCUCAUGUAUUGGGAUUCAUGCCCGUUUUGUACAAGAACCCAGUAUUUCUCACAGACCCCAAGAUCUGCAAUAUCAAAUAUCCAGAUUAAUACACUAUAAAGAAAUAAACAGUUAAAAGUUUUCAUGUUUA